AUGCAAAGUCCCACCGUCUUCAAGUACAUCAUCAUCGGGGACAGCGGUGUCGGGAAGAGCUGUCUGCUGUUACAGUUCAUCGAUCGACGGUUUGAGCCGCUGCAUGACCUCACCAUCGGCGUCGAGUUCGGCACACGCCUGGUCACAGUGCGGGGCCAGCAGAGCGUGAAGCUGCAGAUCUGGGACACGGCAGGGCAGGAGAGCUUCCGUAGCAUCACGCGAAGCUACUACCGUGGCGCGAGCGGAGCGCUGUUGGUUUACGACGUGACCGAGCGCAGCAGCUUCGCACAUCUGCAGAGCUGGCUCGAGGACGCCCGCGCGAACGCAGCGACGGCGAUUGUGAUUAUGCUGAUCGGGAACAAGUACGACUUGGAGGGGGAGCGUCAGGUGAGUCGCGAGGAGGGUGAGGCUUUCGCGCGGAAGAAUGGCUUGCUUUUUACGGAGACAAGCGCGAAGACCGCGCUGAAUGUUGACGAAGCGUUUUUGAAGACGGCAACGACAAUUUACGAGAACGUGCAGGCGGGGUUGAUUGAUGAAUCUGUAGUUUCUGGAAAACCUAUUUCGUCUUUGAGUUCCAGAGGAGGAAUGGGAAGCCCUCAACGAGACUCUGAACAGACGAAUAAUUUUAGCUUUAAAGGUUGCUGUUAG